UUUUUUUUUUUGCUGCUGCUUUAGGCUGGAUUUACUUGCAAACCGCAGGAAGAAGAAAACACGAGAGAGAGGGGGGGGUUGGUGCAGUGCCGCGAUCACGGAGUUCAGAUGUGUUCUAAGCCUGCUGGAGUGACCAUUCUUCCGGAUACUGAUGGAGACAAGAGCUCAGAAUGGCAGUGGGUCCCAGUCUUUGCUACAGGUUCGGCAUGACGGUGGGAGGCAGCAGGGAGACUCUGACCUGAGGGAUGUUCUGACACAGCAGGUUCAUGUGUUGUCACUGGACCAGAUCAGGGCCAUCCGAAAUACAAAUGAGUACACAGAGGGACCUACAGUGGCUCCGCGACCAGGGGUUAAACCUGUCCCUCGUCCAGCUAGCCAGCACAAAAACGAAAGACCACAUGGCUUGCCUGAACAUCGUCAUCUUACCAGGGUCCAACAUGCACAGGUACAUACUUCCUCCCGGGCACCCCUGUCCCGUUCCAUCAGUACGGUCAGCACAGGUUCACCGAGCAGUACAAGGACAAGUACAAGCAGUAAUUCAUCUGAACACAGACUUUUAGGAUCAUCUUCAGGGCCAACGGCUGAUGGGAUAAUCAGGGUGCAGCCCAAGUCUGAGUUCAAGACAAGCAAUCUGAAGCCCCUGAGCAAAGAAGACUUGGGCAUGCAUGCCUAUAGGUGUGAGGACUGUGGAAAAUGUAAGUGUAAGGAGUGCACUUCUCCAAGGACCCUGCCAUCCUGUUGGAUCUGUGACAAGCAGUGUCUUUGCUCAGCCCAGAAUGUGGUUGAUUAUGGGACUUGUGUUUGCUGUGUGAAAUGCCUCUUCUAUCACUGCUCUAAUGAUGAUGAGGACAACUGUGCUGACAACCCAUGCUCUUGCAGUCAGUCACAUUGCUGCACUAGAUGGUCUGCCAUGGGUGUUGUAUCCCUCUUUUUGCCUUGCUUGUGGUGUUACUUACCAGCCAAGGGUUGCCUUAAAUUGUGCCAGGGGUGUUAUGACCGGGUAAACAGGCCCGGAUGCCGCUGUAAACACUCAAACACAGUUUGUUGCAAAGUUCCCAGUAUUCCCCCCAGGAACUUUGAAAAGCCAACAUAGCAUCACUAAUCGGGAAUACUAAAGUUAUAAGGAUUCUUCUAACACACAUAUGCAACCAACUAAACAGCUAUAACCUUGGCACUGUUAGUAGAAGGGUUGGGGGUAUACUUUGCUGUUUGCAGUGAACUGCUUUUCUGCAUGUGUGCCAUCUUAACUGAUCUGCUUGUUAGAACCCAGCUAAUGGAGCUCAAAUAUGGGAUGCAGUACUUUGUGACCCAUAUAUUGCAUAAGCUAAAGCAACACAGACACUCCUAGGUGACUAUUGUUUGUGAAUAGUACUUGCAAAAUUUGUAAAUUAGCAAAUGACUCCUUUUUUAUUGUUUUCUGCCAGAGAUAAUGUGCUAUAUUUUUGUAUAUACGAUAAUAUUUUCAACUGUGAAAAACAAGUCGUGUCAUAGAACAUGGCACUGUCACAAAAUAUUAUACUAAUAUGUUGUACAUUCAGAAGAAUGUGAAUCAAUCAGUAUGUUUUUAGAUUGUAUUUUUUGCCUGAUGGAAACCCUCUAUUACAAGUCUCUGAUUUCCCUUUGGACUUCAUGUAUAUUGUACAGUUUCAGUAAAAUUCAGCUUUUAUUUUCUAAUUUUUUUUCAACAUAUUGUUUAGUGUAAAGAAUAUUUAUUUGAAGUUUUAUUAUUUUAUAAAAAAGAAAUAUUUAUUUUAAGAGGCAUCUUACAAAUGUCACCCCUUCUUAUGAGGACGUCAUAGUUGCUGCAAAUAAGGGGUGACAGAUGCAUAUGUUCACUAUAAAAUAGAAAAUAUAUUAACGUUUGAAAUUAAA